GGCUCAAGACAGUUAACUGGAAUUUUUAGUAUAGGGAUGCUGUUGUAAUAAUAUUCUUAAAACAGUCAAGUGUAACACCUAUACAUUAUUAUGGAUCAUAUGGAAUUCAGCAUUGCUUUGCCAUCUCAUGUUGAGUUCACCAAAGCGGGGAUGGAGUGGAAACAUAUGAAACAAAGAUUACAUGCACACAUUAAUCACAGCUCUGAUGUACAUCACCAGCAAAUUCAAGGUUUGGUGCAAGCAUUUUUAAUCAACAUAGCUGCAGAGCAAGUGCAGGAGGUGUUUAACAUGUUUGGACUGUCAUAUGAAGAGGCAAUUAAGUUUAAUCUCAUUUUACAACAGUUAGAGGACGUUUGCUUGCCACGUUUCCUUAUAAUUUACAACAGGUACAAGUUUUUCACCUGUAAGCAGACUUGCAAUGGUAAAUUCAAUGAUUUUCUUAAAAAUUUGGUCAAAUGGUCUGAAAAUUGUGAAUUUGGUGAUUUAAAGGACAUUCUAAUGAAGGAUUGUAUAAUAACAGGCAUCUCAGAUAAUGCUGUGCGCCAGUGUCUUAUGGAGACAGAGGAGUUGAGUUUUUUCAAGUCGUUGGAAAUUUGCAGAGGUGUGGAGCAGAGCCAGAAGAUGAAAAAUAUUUCCGUGGCAACUGAGGGUACAGUGUGCGUAGACGCCAGCAGUAACACAGAGUCUCAGCAUGUAGAGGUUCCAUGUUUUAAGUCUUACAACGACAUAAGCACCAACACCACAGUUGAUUUUACAAGUGAUGUAGAAAAAGAUCAUCAGAACGUUUCAGAAUUAAAUGUGUUUCAGGAGCUAGAGGAAAAUAAACUACAGAACCAAGCAAUACAAACUGAAUUAAAGAGUAAUGUUUCCACUUUGGCCAGGAGUGAAAAAGAUGUAGAGGAAAAAAAGUUGACAAAGCCAAGAAGGUCCAAACGCUGCAGCCGUACUCAUAAAAGUACAAUGUCAUUUCUUUGUGAUAACUGUGAUAAACGUUUUCCAGAUCAAUUAUCAAUGAAGCUGCAUUUAUGUUCUAAAGAUGAGCAGAAGAAGCAGACUGUUAACUUAAAAUGUCGAGUUUGUAAACUGGUUGUGACAGACAGGAGUGCUUUAAUAAAGCACAGGUUAGUCCAUAAAGGUGAGAAAAGAUUUAAAUGUGAAACUUGUUCAGCUAAUUUUAGCAACGCCUCCCACUUAAAAGUUCAUAUAAGGCUCCAUACAGGGGAACGUCCUUUUACUUGUGAUACCUGUGGGGCAUCAUUUCCUGAAUCCUCUAAGCUGAAGUCGCACUUGCGCAAACACACUGGAGAGAGACCGUUUACGUGUGAAGUUUGUCAGAGAAAAUUUGCUUGGACAGCAGCUUAUACUAGACAUUUACGUACACAUACUGGUGAAAAACCAUACACUUGUGAGUUCUGUGGGGGGAACUUUGCAGAUUUUACAUCACUUCAGCGCCACAGGCGAACUCACACAAAAGAGAAACCAUAUUCCUGUGAUACUUGCCAAGCAAAGUUCACUGACCCUUCUGCUUUGAAGUUGCAUAAAAGAGGUCACACAGGCGAGAGGCCGUACACUUGUCAGAAAUGUAAAUCUUCAUUUGUACGGUCUCAACACUUGAAAGAGCACAUGAAACUACAUACAGGAGAAAAACCUUACGAGUGUAAAACCUGUGGUGCCAAGUUUGUCGAAGCAUCAAAACUGAAAAGCCACAUUCGCAGACACACUGGUGAAAAACCAUAUUUAUGUAAAAUUUGUGGCACCAGUUUUGCUUGGACGGCGGCUUACACUAGGCACAUGAGGACACACACUCGGGACAAGCCGUACUUUUGUGAUUAUUGUGGAUCACGAUUUGCCGACCAUUCCACUCUCACUCGUCACACAAGGACUCACACGGGAGAAAGGCCUUACGUCUGCAAGGAUUGUGGAUCCAAUUUUGCGGAUAAUUCUUCUUUAAACAGGCACAUGAGGAUUCACACGGGUGAGAAAUCCUAUGUUUGUGAAGUUUGUGGAUCAUCGUUUGCAGUUAAAUCCUACCUUGUUAGACACAUGCGUACCCAUACUGGAGAGAAACCAUAUCACUGUGAUACUUGCGGGUCAAAGUUCACUGAUUCAUCUAAACUUAGCCGGCAUAAGAAAAUUCAUUCAAAAUCUGCUGUGAAACAAACUGUUGUUGAAAAUCAGGAAUGUGAAGAACAGGAGGAGCAGUUUGCCCAGCUACAACCUUUACAUCUGGUACCUCAAGACUCAGAUCCUCUGCAGCUUCACCACCAGCACCUCCUUGACUCCCACCCAGCUGAACAGACACCAGAAGAGCAGCACCCCAUGACCUUAAAUGAAGAUUUGCAGCACCCACUUUUACUGUCAACAAACUUAAUUCCUCUCACUCAUAUGCUACCAUUUAAUGCAUCAAUCAUUUCUUAACUUUCUGUUUCUAAUUUAGAAAUUUACCAAAAACAGUAUGCCAAUGGCAACACUAUGUUGAGAGCAAAUAAGAAACAUCCAUUACACCCAGCAUCAGAUGCAACUGGCAAGGGAGAUGACUUUGCAGUGGUUUGUUCUGACAAUCUUCAAUGGCUCAGCAAGGAUUUCUCUCUUUGGAACAAGCUCAAAGCUCUCAUGUUCAAGAAUUUUAACCCCAAGGCUGAGGCCAAAUCUGCAUUUUUUCUUGAGCUGAAAACAUAUUUAGAUCCUCAUAAUUUAAAUAAUGAAUUGGGGAUUUCGGAACCAGAUUUCAGUAAGUUGGAUGAGUUCUUGGCUAAAGUGGAAGAUCAUUGCUUGUCUAGACUAUUUUCAAGGCUUGAAAUGCUAAAACUACUGACAUUUGAUUUUUGCAAAGAAAUUAACAAAAAAUGUGAUAAGAAAUAUGUGGAAGUGUUUAAUGUAGUGUCAACAUUUUGUGGUUUGGAUAGAUUGCCAAGUUCUUUCAGAGAAGAUUUUGUCAGAUUUUGUUCUGGGAUUGAAGAGAAGGAUAAACAAAAAUUAAUUAAAAAUUUGUAUACACAAAAUAAAAGCAGUGAAGCUAGUGAGAUCAGCUGUAAGGUCAAGAUUGAACCUGAAAGUGUGUGUGAAAAUGAAAAUAAAACUGACAGUUUACCCAGGAGUAAAAGAAAUAAUAAAGCUUUAAAAAUAGAACAGAAAGAUGCAUUAUCUAACAGGGGAAACUACUCUAUUGUGAAAAAACUCAAAAGAUUAAAUCAAAGUGAAGAACUAGCAUCAAAUAAUUUGAAUAUUAACUCUGAAAAAAUCUGUACAGUAGAACCAUUACCCACAGAGUUGAAGAACAAAUUUACAAGUCUGAGAUUACAUAGAAAUACAUCCAUUGCAGAUGAUAAAGACACAAAGGCAACUACAAUUCUAAAUUUUGCUUGUCAAUUGUGUGGGUUGGACUGUAGCAGCAGCAAGGUGUUAAAAGUUCAUUUAAAAUCCCACAUCAACCAACACAAAUGUUCAGUUUGUGGUUCACUUUUUAGACACAAAGCUAGCCUGAAACAGCAUUUAGAAAUGCACAAGAAUUUAAACUCAGGAGAAAAUUUAAACGGGCAGGCACAAUCUGAGUUAGAGUUGAAAUCACAUAAAGAUUGUCGGAAGACAUAUAAGUGUAAAAAAUGCCAGGAAGUGUUUACAUAUUAUCCAGCAUAUGAAACCCACAUACGAACGCAUUCAAAAACCUGUUACUUAAAAUGUGGGAUUUGUCAUAAAUUUAUUAAAGGGCAGGCAAAGCUGAAACGUCAUGAGCUCGUUCACACUGGCCGAAAACCUUUUUCAUGUGAGUUCUGUGGUACAGCUUUUGCCGACAAGUCACAUUUGAAAGUACAUCGCAGAGUUCACUCUGGAGAAAAACCUUUCAAAUGUCUGAGGUGCGAUGCAGCCUUUUCCGAGUCUUCAAAGCUCAGAAAUCACCUGCAAACUCACACAGGUGAGAAAUCAUUUGUCUGUGAGUUUUGUGGCGUGUGCUGUACAACGCUGUCCAGCUUAAAAAAGCAUAAGAGAACUCACCCGGGUCAAAGUUCAUCCAGUGAUUUAACUUCCACCGGCGACACGUCAAAUACAAAUGUGAAACUUCAGUCUGGUGAAAAGAAACACAACUGUGAGAUCUGUGGUGCGUCGUUCACAGAGACAGCUAAACUCAAACGGCACAAAAUGGUGCACACAGGUGAGCAACCUUUCUCCUGUGAGGUGUGUGGUAAAAGAUUUGCGGAUAAAUCCCACCUGACCGUACACCUGCGCAUCCACUCAGGUGAGAGACCAUUUAAAUGCACCUUCAAAGACUGCCUGUCGGCGUUUGUGGAGAAGUCAAAAUUAAAAAAUCACAUGCGUCGACAUACUGGUGAAAAACCUUACAUAUGUGAAGUAUGCGGCACCUCAUUUGCCGUGUCGUACAGUUUGAAAUCCCACAUGCGGACACAUACGGGAGAAAAACCUUAUAGCUGUAAGAUCUGCGGAUACUCUACCUCACAGUCGUCAAACCUCAGAACCCAUAUGAAUGUUCACAAUGGGAAAAGGCCACACCCCUGUGACAACUGUGAGGCCUCGUUUAGUGAACUCUCCAAACUGAACAGACACAAAUCUAUUCAUUUUGAUCCCACUGAAAAUGAAGUGUCGGAUCCCCAAUCUCAAUUAAAAGAAAAUGGUAUGAAUGAAAAUUAUUUAAAUAAGGAAACACUUCAGGAAUUAAAGGGGGAUAAUUUUCACUUCUUUGAUACCAUACAAUCCUCUGAGCAUGGUUGUAAUAUUAAUAUUCAUACUAAUGAACAAAUCAAUGGCAAUGGUUACAAUUUUGUUCCUGCUCAUAGGGACGACUCAGACAUUUCCCAAGCUUUGUCUCUGAUUAAUGCACACCAGUAUGCCCUAGGUUUGGGGACGUCAGACACCCACUUAGACACAAACUUCCUUGGGCCCAACUGCCAGUCAGGUACCCCCUUUCCACAGUCAAGUAGUCCCGCUCAUAAACUUCCAGUAUAUGAGAUUGGGCCCCACGCCAUGGAUAAGAGAAAGCUGUAUGUGCACCAGGCACUGGAUGCCUCAAAAGAGGCAGAGAGCUUAGGGGGACUACCUCUAGAGCCCAUUCAUUCAUUACCAUGUCUGGCUCUGAACAAGGACACUUACUUUACAGAUGCCUGUCUGAAUGUAGAUUUGGGAACUUUAUAAUGGGUAAAUGGUUGGUU